UUUAUAGGAAUUGCUUUAGCUAAACGAGAAGGAAUUUAUCUAGGAAAUUUGCGUUUGAAUAAUGUUUUGCACGAAGUCGAAGGAGACGUUUACGUUAUAAAUAAAAAUUCUUUUUAUAUCAAAAAUUUUAACUAUGAUGGCAAUGCACCUGAUGCACAUUUCUGGGUUGGAAAUUCGAAAGAACCCUCUGCCAAAGGAACUAAAGUUCCAGAUGAAUUUGGAAGUUUCAGACCUCUUGAAAAAUAUCAGAAUAAGGAUAUUGUAAUAUCAUUACCGAAAAAUGUAACCUUUUCUAAUAUAAAGUGGCUAAGUGUUUGGUGUAUACAAUUUAAUGCGAAUUUUGGAUAUGUAAACGUUUCCAAUUUUACUCCUCCCGAAGAAGUGACCCUUUCAUCUUUGGUUUCUAGAGCUCAUGGAGUUAAAUCUGGAAAGAUAAUUUUGAAAGAUUCGAAAACUAUUAUCAUACAUCAGUUAUAUUACGAUGGUGUUGCUCCUGAUGCAUAUUUUCUUGUGGGAAAAGAUAAACCCAACCCAUCCGGUUUUAAAGUACCAGACGAAAAUGGAAGACAAGGAAAAAUAAAGGGUUAUCAAGGAAAAACUGUAACACUUCGUCUUCCGAAUAAUCUAACGUGGUUUGAUUUAGAUUGGUUUGCUCUCUAUUGCAUUUCAUACAGAGAAAAUUUCGGUGAAGUUUCUAUUCCAAAACAUCUAAAUAUCCCAAUUCAUUUAUCUGAUCUUUCUCAAAUGCAAAAUCAAAUUCCACCAUUGGAGAAUUGUUAUGAGAUGAUUAAAGAUCAUCUUAAUGUCAGAUGGAAAAUUGAUGGAAAUAAUAUUUAUAUUCAAUUGGAAGGAAGAGCUAGUGUCAGUGAAUAUUUAUCAUUUGGUAUUAGUGGUCAUCAAGAUUAUGCUUCAAUGGAAGGUGCUGACGUUGCUGUUACUUUUUAUGAUGAAAGCGAAUCAACUGUCAAAGUUGUAGAUUAUUAUCUCAUCAGUAAAGCUCAGUGUUCGUUAAACGAUGGAGCUUGUCCCGACAUUAGAGUCGGUGGUUCACAGAAUAUCAUGCUGAUGAAUUCGAAAUAUAGAGAUGGAAUUUUAAUAUCAACAUAUCAACGUCCUUUAGAAGCAGUUGAUACGAACGAUAAGUCGAUAGAAGUAAACAAAACUACAACUGUUGUAGCAGCAAUUGGACCGAUCAAUUCCAGAAAAGAAGUGGCUAAACAUAGAUUAGUUACAAGAGAUACAAUUAAAAUAAAUUUCAACGAAGAUGGACAAGAACAACAACAAUGUACUCCUUUAACAUCAGAUACGACAUCUAAACCCUUUCUUAAACCUUGGCCAUCUCUUAAAAUAACCGACGAGACAAUAUUCAAAGCAAAGAUAGGACCCACUGGUGGAAACAGAGGAUAUUCUGCUAUAACUGGUAUACCAAGUUGGGGAUUUUGCUGGUGGAUUAACGGAUUACUAAUACCCGAACUAACUGUAAAAAGAGGAGUAACGUAUACUUUUAUUGUAGAAGGAGGUAACGAUAUUACUAACGGUGCUAAAAAUCAUCCUCUUUAUAUUACAAAUAAUAAAGAAGGUGGAGGAUAUCAAAGUCAAGAUGAACUUUGGACACCUAAACAUAUGGUUUACGCUGGACUAGAAAGAGAUGGAAAUAAUACAAUCUUAACAGGAGGAGGACGCUUUUGCGAAUAUAAAUUAAAUGGUGUGGAUAUGUCAGAUAGUUUUGACACUUUCGAAGAAUAUAAGAAAACUGUAACGUUAACUUGCGAUGAAGGAAAUCCUGCAGUAUUUAAUUGGACACCCAAUCAUGAUACACCCGAUAUUGUUUAUUAUCAGUGUUAUACACACAGGAAUUUUGGAUGGAAAAUUCACGUGGUUAAUUCCACUGCAACGAUACUAUUAUCGUGGAACUGGAUUUUAUUUUUAUGUAUUUUCAAUAUUAAAUUAUUUAAUUUCUAUGUAAGCAUUUGGUAAUAAGAAACUUUACACGGAGAAAUAUUUUCUUUUAUGUAAUUAUAUUUCUUAAACUGCAUUCUUACUGUUUUUUUGUAUUUCAAACGGUCAAAAUGUCAAUUAAACCACGAGUAUAUUUUAUCGUUUUA